AUGAAUAUAAGAGAAAAAAAGAAAACAAGUCACAGAGCUGUCAAUAUAGUCAGAACAGACAAUGAAGAGACAGAUCGUGAAUUAGAAUAUUUCAUUCCUCUCUUGAAGGAGAAGAAACAAUCAAUCAGAACUAGUGCAAUUCAUAAUCUUAUUAAUAUUUGUAUUUAUCAAAAUAGAAGAGAAGAAGUUCAUGAAUGUGAUACACAGUUAGCUGAUGCACUAUGUAGUAUAAUUACAUCUGGCAAUAAAGAACAAUCGGAAGUACUAAAUGCCAUUCAUGCACUAGAGUUGGUUUCGAUUAUGGAUGGUCUAAAUAGAUUCGAAAUGUUCAAGAGUAUCAAAGGUGCACUUACACCAUUGGUAACCGAAGGAGAAGACCACUUAAAUCCAGCCAUCAUUUCCAGUGCAUUGGAGGCAAUCUCUGUCUCAUGUUUUAUCAAUUGCUCACUCUCUGACUCCUACGAAAACACCAUUGAAAUGUUUAAAGAGAUCAUCAUGACCGAAAAGAACAAACCAAUUUUAAAUAGUGCACUCGCCGGUUGGCUAUUGAUGUUAACUCGUUUAGAGAAAUCAAAGAUUAACAAACAUGCAGAAUUAUUAGAUAGAAUUACAGAACUUUCAGAAUCAUCUUUCCACGAACUUAGAAUUACAGCUGCCGUUUCAAUUGCUUUUCUGGUGAGUGAAAUGGAUACGGCUUCCUAUGAGGAGGACGAAGGUGAAGAGGAAGAUUUGGAAGAAGACUAUGAAUAUGAUGAAGACGAAGACUAUGACUACUCACAGAAGAAUAGAAAUGGACAUCGUGCCAAAGCUCAGGAGGAAGCAGGUAGCAACGAAGACGACGAGCAAGAGGAGGACGGUGAAGACGACGACGAAGACCAGGAGGAGUAUGACGAGGAUGAAGAGGAAGCCGAUGAAUUCAACAAUGAAAUCGUAAAUCUCGUAGAGAAUCUGAUUAUCGACUCGAACAACGAGAAGGGUAAGAAGAAGAUGCAAUCAAAGUCACUCCUAAGAAACAUCGUCAAGACACUCAAGGACGGAGUCUCACCAACCGAGUUCCUCAAGGUCGAAAAGCAAUACUUUUACUUCCAAGGAUGGCGUAAAUACAUUCAGCUCCACGAAAUCAAGAGAAUCUUAAAGAGCGGUGCUUCAAUCCAGUGGGGAUACAACAAGGACUUGCGUGACCUCUUUGGCAUUGAAAUGAGAUCCACUGCCGAGAACAACAUUUUUAUGCGUGAAUUCUUUUCCCAUAACCAAAGUAAAUCAAAACAAAGAACUCAAAGUCUAACCAGAGAUCGUCUAGCCUCCAAUAAUACCCAACAAAUCAUAGCAAAUAUUGGAAUGAGAUAA